GGCAGAGCUUUAGUUUCAACUUCAUUUCUCCUAGAGCUAAUUAAGUCUAGCUAAACAAAUUUAGUUUCACCUAAAUUGAAAAUGAAGGGGGAAUUGGAUUUAGCCUGUCCCAGAACAGACCCUUGUGUAGGGGAUUAACGUAGGGGAUCCGGAUCGCAAAGAGGCUAGUCAGUCAUUCAGUCCCGAUCACGGCGCCAUGUCUGUCGCUCAGUCCAAGGAGCGUGGUAACCCCGCGGCCCGCGGCGUCGAGGAGGACAUCCUCGUCCCACUCCUCGCCCGACUAGCAACCAUCAGGACCGUCCUCGACAACGCGCCGGCUCCAAGUCGCCGUCGUCUACCAGUGCAUGUGCGCGACGCCGAAGAGGAUGCUAGGGUCGAGGCCCGCGCGCUGCUGGAGAAGGUCCAAGGAGAGAUGUCCUACCUCCAGCGCGUCUUCCGCCGCAUUGACGAAGCCGAAAAUAGCAUCCUCUACGGCUUCGACCCUGUCGAGGAGCAGAUCGACGACGCGCUCCAGCAAGCGCAGGUUGGGCUUGACGUGGAGCAGGUACACGAGGCUCUCCUCGCCGUGGACGCCGACAUCGAGGUCAUCAAGGCCAGCAUCCGCGAGGUCUACAGGUUCCCCUGCGACGGCGACGAACGCCGUGGUCCCCCACCGCCGUCGACCGCGCCGGCCACGGGCGUGGUGAUGACGAGGAGGAUGGGGGAGAUCCGUCGCGGCCCGCAGAUGCGGCACCUCGGCCUCGCCAUCGGCGGCUUCGAGGCGCGGCUCCGCGGCUGCGUGCUCACCCUCGCCGCGUUCCCGGAGUGCGCCGUGAUCAAGAAGCGCCUCCUCAUCCACUGGUGGCUCGGCGAGGGCUUCGUCCGCUCCGCCGCCGAGGGGAAGAGCCGCUUCGACGAGCUCAUCGCCAAGGGCCUCAUCGUCCCGAUCCCGGGCCAUCUCUGCGCCACCGUCCACCGCUGCACGGUGCGGCCAUGGAUGCGCGACCUCCUCACCGGCGUGGCCAAACGCACCGCCUUCCUCGACCUCGACUCCGGCAACGACUUCACCCUCGCGCGCCGCGCGUGCCUGAACGCCGGCAGGAUGUCCUCGGGGUUCAGCGCCGAGGCGAGAGCCAUCUACAACAUCGACCAGAAAUACCUCGAGCUCGACGACGCCUGGUUCGCCGGGAAGAAGGAGCUGCGCGCGCUGCAGCUCGGCCAGUGGCGAGAGUUCGGCCCCCUCGAGCAGAUUGCCAACCCCAUGGACAGCCACAUCGAGCUCAGCGGCGUCGAACACCUCGCGGACAUGGAGAGCUGCAAGAAUCUCAGGUACAUCAGCUUCAGGGGAAUCUCAAGAAUCGAGUCCCUGCCCGAUUCGAUCGGCAGGCUGCGUGAGCUCACCGUGCUGGAUCUCCGGGCAUGCCAUAAUCUGGAGGAAUUGGGGCAAGGGAUCACAAGGCUGGAUCGAUUGGGGUAUCUCGACUUGUCUGAGUGCCACCUGCUCGUCGGAAUGCCUAAAGGGAUUGGCCGGCUCACACGGCUCGAGGUCCUCAAGGGAUUUGUGGUUGCAAAUCCAAGCAGAAGAGAGCCCUGCCAUCUCAAUGAGCUCACCAAGCUGAACAAGCUCAGGAAGCUUGGCAUUGUGAUUGGCACAAUGGCUGUUCCGACAGAUGAUGAGUUCAUGAAAUUGGGCGAGUUCAGGGCGCUCGAAUCGCUCAAGAUCAGAUGGGGUGUGCUGGCUUCUGAUAGCAAAGGGAAAAUUGAAGCAUCGUCGCAUCAAAAACCGAUCGACAAAAUGAAGUUUGCGCUUCCUCCAAAUCUGAAGAAGCUAGAUCUCCGAUGCUUCCCGCUGACGGAUUUCGCUCAGUGGGUUACACCGAAGGGUGUUAAGAAGCUGUACAUUAGGGGAGGAAAACUGAUGACACUUGGAGAUGAACAGGGCUGGGAGGCAGAGGUGCUUCGGCUGAGAUUUCUGAAUGAUCUCGAGUAUGAUCACGAUCGGCUUAAACGAUCAUUCAGGAAGCUCAAACCUGAAAAUACAGAGAUCCAUGCAUGUCCAAAGUUCAUCCGUGGACAAUGAUCCAGAUAUCCAGUGUACUGGUCGCCUCAGCUUGCAACAACCUGUACUGGUUGCUUUUUCUGAAGGAUAUAUGGGCUGGUUUUACUGCUUUCUAUUGAGUCUUUGAAAAAGAAAAGAAAGAGUUACCAUUCUAUUCUCCUUCACAAGCAACUUAGCUGGUUCUUGCCAUUGUACUGCCUUCCUGAAAGAUGUUGUGAUUGGUUGUUUCCAGAUAAGAACAAUAUCGGUCAUAUACUUUCUUAUAGCCCUGCUACAUUUUCAGGCUAUAAUGUUCAGGAACCCUUUUUACCCUUUUUUCUCCAUGUCUGAAGAAAUUCGCUGAAUCCUAUGGUCUGGCCUGUUGUAGAAGGGCUGAGACAAGAGUCAAGACAAGACAAAAAUGUGGUACCAAAAUACAAGUUGCUGCUCCCGUUUGUGGAGUCCGUCAGGCUAGGAGCAGGAGGCAUCGGAGGUGACUAUCAUGGCGAGCUCGCCGGACAAAGGGAAAGAGACAGCAGCCGCAGCCGUGGACGCGCCGUCAUCGUCCUCGGGAUCCUCGCCGGAGAAGAAGAAGAAGAACAGCAGCAACAACAACAACAGGGGAGAAGCGACGGCGGCGGCGGUGGCCGGAGACGAGGGGAGGAAGAAGAUGGUGAGGAUGUCGCCGCCGCAGAUCAACCUGCUCAUGUCGUUCGACCCGCCGCCGCUGGAGCACGUGAGGGGCCUCACCAAGGAGGAGGAGGGGAUCGACGCGCUGGCGGCGGAGUGGGAGAGGGGGAUCCGCGCGGUGACGGAGGCUGUGAGGACGCAGUACGAGCAGGGAGGGUACGUCGAGUACGAGGCCGGCGCCGACCUGCUUGCGUGUCCUGGCCGCAGUAAGAAGAAGCCACAGGGAGGAGGAGAAGGAGCAAAUUCAACAGAGCUCAGUGUAUUUUACUUUGGGUCAUAUUUUAUUACCAAUGUAUAAUUUUAGAUUAGAUCAUCCUUCAUCCAAUGUUUUCACGUUGGAUCGGUAUUUUUAUCUUUGUUGCUCGCGUGUCCUGGCCACAGCAAGAAGAAGCCACAGGGAGGAGAAGGAGCAAAUUAUAAUUGUUUUUUUAAAGUACAUUUCGCUUUGAGUCAUAUUUUAUUACCAAUGUUUUAUUUUAGAUUAGAUCA